AAGAAUUAAAUAAAAAUUCUAGACUGUCUAAUUCUUCAGAAUACAAAUGGUUUUAAAGAAAAUACCCCACUCUGGAAUUCACUGUUUACACCUACACCCUUGUUGUCAACCACUCACAAGUAACCAUCCACUCCCACCAAAUAGAUAAAAAGAAACAACCACCACCUAAUGAAGUGAAAAAAUCACCACCCUAGAAGAAACGCCCCCACAUUCGAAAUGUAAUGGUAGGGAUGGUGGUGGUACAGGGUCUUAUAUUUAGAGUCUUCCGCUCAGAUUUUCAUAUUCUUACAUUAACCAUCAGUUUAUUAACACUGUUGACUGUUAUUUGAAAGAAUAGCUCUGUUGAUCAUCCUCGCGAAUAUUUUUGUUCGUAUUUUUUAUUUUAUUUUUAGACUUCUACUUCACCUUUUUAUUCUGCUAUCAUGGAAAACAACGCAUUCCACUUUGUGAAUGAUAAUGAUGAUAAUAAUCUUGAAUCUUCAGACAUCAUUUUCUACGUUAUAGAUGAACUUGGCUUGACACCAAACAAUGAUGAAUCCUCCGUUGUAGAUAAUGACGAUGAGUCCUACAACAUGAGUUUACACAUAAUAGAUGAGAUUGAAUCGCAAGAACAACAACAACAACAACAACAACAACAACAACAACAACAACCACAACAACAACAAGCAUUUCAAGUUGUAGACGAUGUUGAACAAUCGACUGGCCGUUUUAACCUAAUCCAGCGAGCUGUUUCCUUUAAAAUUAACCCCGUUCCGGAGAACAUUCAUCCCGUGAAUUGGAUACGCAACGGAAUAACCUCAAUUGUUCAACAUUCAUUGGAGGGACUCAAUCCGGAGGAUCGCGUCGGUUUUUCGUUUUCUGGUAGUGAACUUGUUCGCGGUGAAGCCUGGGCACGCUUCAAACCAAGGCAUUCAGUGUCCGCUGAUGAGGUGCUCGAUUUGGUGCAAUCAGUAUACCAAUCUAAUUCGGCUGGUGUGAACACUGAAACUUUUCAGAUAAAAGUGACGGUUAUUAAGAUGCCGGUGGGUAUGGGGCGUGCCCAGAAAACAAAAUAUAAUAGUUUCGAAGAAGAAUGUGCUGCAAGAAGAGGUAUUAUUGUUAUAAAAAAUUCAGAUAACCUUUGCCUGCCACGGGCACUUGUUGUGUUAAUCGCGAAACUGACCAGUGAUCCACAAUUCGUACAGGUUCGCCGGGACAUUGGACAAAUACAAGGAAUACGAGCUAUGGAACUGUGCCAGAGAGCGGGUGUUGAUAUUCCCGCAGAGGGUGCCGGGAUUCAGGAGUUGCAGGCAUUCCAAAGGGUUUUAUCCGAAUACAGAAUUACUGUGUUCAAGUACGGUGCCGGUGGACGAGAGGUGAUUUUUAAAGGACAAAGUGAAGGACCAACCCUUAAUUUGCUACUCCACAAAGAACAUUACAACGCGAUUGUAUCGUUAACCUCUGCGUUUUCCUGUGAUUACUACUGCGAAGAAUGUAAUCUUCCCUACAAUACACGCGUCAACCAUCGUUGCAAUGGGAUUUGUCCGUGCUGUCGUGAAUCACCACGGUGCGAGGCUGAGGAGAAAAUAGAGUGUGUGGAUUGUCAUCGUCACUUCAGGAGCCGGAAAUGUUUGGAAAAUCAUCUACGGAUUAAGAAGACAUCCAACGUGUGUGCCGACUUGCGAUUGUGUCAAAGGUGCUUUAAAACUGUCGAUGGAAAACGUAGGCAUGAAUGUGGUGAAAUUUUUUGUAAGAUCUGUAAAAAACACCAUCAGAUAAAUCAACAGUGUUAUAUUCAGCCAAACACAAAGGAACCCUGCCUUACUGAUUUAUUAUUCAUAUUUUACGAUUUGGAAACACGACAGGACACCAUUCAGACCGACGGCAGUGCAGUGCAUGAAACCACAUUGUGUGUGUUUAAAUUGUGUUGUUCCAACUGUUUAGAUACGGAAGUGGAAUUUUGUGAAAAAUGCGGCGUAAGGACCCACGUAAUUAUCAACAACCCUAUUGAAAAUUUUAUGAACUUUGUGUUGAAUCAACCGACCAUCAGUUCAUCCUGA